UCACUUGAUUGAAACAGGGAGAUGCAAGCCAAAGUAUUGGCAGUAAAAUCCUGAAACUGCAUUAGUAUCUCCACUUGGCCUGGCUUUUCUAGUGAAGGGGAGAGAGAUAGAUGCUUUGUCAUAGUUCAUGAUGAGCAUAUUAAAGAAUUUGCACUACCUUGCAAUUGUUGUGGGUCAGUGGUUACUCUUAUGCUGAUUGCUCAUCAUAUACUUCCAAACAACAUUGUGCCUGUCCUUGUAUAGAAGCAAAUUUUAAGGAAAUUAAGUGAGAUACAAGUGUGCUAUUUGAUCAAUUGGCCACAUGUUUCCAGGCGAUUGGUAGAUGGUUGCUGAGUAGAUAAUUUGCUUCAAUAGGGGUAUGCCAUCUGGGAAAUUUGGGGUUGUUCAUUUUAUACUAUUUCUACAUAGGGGGGACCCAUUCAUCACGUGGAGGUGGCUGCCUAUGGACAAUGCAAUAAGACAAAGAAAUAGUCAUUUACAAAUCUCCUCUAAUCCCCUCUCCACCAAUUAUCAGCAAUCUCCCACGUGGGAGUCCUUACCCCACUUCACCAUUAAUUCUCCUUUUUCUACAGUAUAUAGCUACUCCUUUCUCAAUUCAUGAUCUCUUACUACCCAAUACUCUUUCUGAACUUGUCUCCCAUAUUGUAUUGUUUCUUCAACUAAUAUUUGUGACAAUCUGUCAUCUCUAGUUAAUAUGGGGGAUUCAUCUGCUUCAUAUAUACAUAUGGUGCAGCACCUGAUAGAGAAGUGCCUGAUCUUCCACAUGACUAAAGAAGAGUGCAUGGAAGCUCUCUCUAAGCAUGCGAACAUCGAACCAGUCAUAACUGCAACUGUGUGGAACGAGUUAGAGAAAGAGAACCCAGAAUUCUUUGCUGCAUAUGCUCAAUCCCAGACGAAAGACAACCGAAUGUCGGAAGCAGAGACGAGCGCAAUGAUCCAGAAAAUGAUUUCAGAUCAUGAUGCUAACAAAGAUUCUGACAACGAUCCCUCUAAGGGUUUAGGCAAGUAAUAUACCAUUCGAAAACGAUCUAACCUUUUGAGUUCUGGUUGGCAGGAAGCUUAUAAACCAUCCUUCACUUCCAGCCAAACUCAAGGAGAAUAUAUUUACUCUAAUAUGGUCCCUUCUUGAGAGUUCUGGUGGUCGAUGCAGUUCCUAAUUACUCUGGUCCCUUCAUGAGAGUACUGGUGGUCCAUGCAGUUCCUAAUUAACAUAUGCUGUAUCCUAAAGUGGGGAGAUUGCCACUAUGCCCAAAAAAGCUCUGAUAUGAUCACAGAAACCUGUGCUGAAAUCUUUGAGAACGACAAGUUACAGAAGCCGGUAGCCUGGUAAGCAUAUGUGGACGUACCGGGAUUCAGGGAAUCGCCAUGUGUUGUUCUCUGCUGUGAAGUAAAAUUUGGCUCCACCACUCUCCUUUACCUCUGUACAAUCGGCAUUGUUUGUGUUAUAUGUAUUAAUACAAAAAACUUGUAUAAAACUGGGGGGCUACUUCUCUAUUACACAUCGCAAUCAUUCACCUUUC